UUCAAUACUUUGUCUUGUACCAUCACCAUGGCUUAUUCUAUUCUUUCCCUCUCAAUUUCAAAAGUUUGAAUGCACACAAACGCUGCGUCUCACUUCAAUCACGCUUCCAUGGACGCAGCUGCUAACGGUGGCGGAGCUCCGUCUCAUCCGUUGUUCUUGUCCGUGACCGGAUUCUCCGCCUCUCGCCGCCGCCUCUCCGCAAGCUUCGUGGAGCGGAGCCGGCCUGUCUCGUCGGAGAAGCCGAUGGCGUGGUUAUCGCUCCAGGGAAGGAUCCUUAACGCCGACGAAGCCAGCUCGGCGAGAACCAUCGGCGGCGGCUUGAGCGCCGAACAAGCCCUUGCUUGGAACCUCUUCUCUCCAAUCCAUAGGUUCCUCAUAGUCGCCGUCAUUGGCGCCGCUGUUGCACGCUCCCGGAAAGACCUUCGCAUAUGCCACCUGGAGAAAUCCGUUGAACUAAGGGACCAGGUCCUGUCGAGCAUGCAGCAGAAGCUUGACACUCUUUGCGAGUUAGUUAACAAUUCUAAGGAAUACUCAACUACAAAAAAGUCGUGUGACAAGGAUGGGGAAUUGCAAUUGAAUGAGACUUUUGGAACUGAGAAAAUUAAGCUUGUUGAUUGCGGUUGUUGGCACUGUGAACAGCACUCUGCUUUCUUUAAUGAAAGUGCCUCACUUGCUAGAAACUCCGGUGCAAAUGAGGUGCUGCAAUACAAGACUCCCUUCCCUAAUGAGGAUCAAGAAGAACGAAGAAUGUCUGACAUGUCAGAUUGGGCGUCAAGUGUUACAUCUUCUGCUGAUAUCCAGUUAAACAAUUUGGCUGUAGAACAAGAUAUCUAUAAUCUUAGGAAAGAUUGUGAAGAGAAGGAUACCACAAUAAAGGAGCUUACAACCCUGUUAAACUCUAACGAGGUUGCUAAUUGCAAGAGGAUUGCUGAAUUAGAGGACAUUAUACGGAGGAAGAAUACAACAAUUUCAAAAUUAAAGAAAGACAUGUCCGUUCUUGAACAAAAGGUUGUGCAGCUUACUAGACUUCGACGACCCUCUUUUUCUCCCAGUGGCUCAAAUAACAGUCCUCUCCCGCGAAUUAUGAUAGAUAACCUUCUUUAUGAUAUGGAAAGCACUUCUAGCUCCUCGUCUUCUGAUUCAGAUAGUUCCUCUGUCGUCAAAGAAUCGAAUCUUCCGGCUGAUAUUGUCUUGAAACAGGAUUCUGCCUCCAAAAUUGAUCAGAAACAUACACCGAGAAAAGUAUCCAGUUCAUCAGCUUCUUCUUCAGUUCAAAAGCAAUUAUCAGCUCGUGGAGACUUGAAAAAGACAAGAAGACGAUCUCUUAAUGGAGACAAGAGUACGACUGCACACAAGAGAUGGGUAUAGCUCUUCUGGAAUGUAUGUUUGUGGUAUAGUGUGUCCUAUACCAUGCAAUUAUCUUAUCCAACGGGUAUGAAGUGGCAAACAGAAGAUGGUAAAUUCUUUAUGGGCCUACAUAUCAGUUAAAUACUUUAGCAGUGGCACAUUAUGGUUUAGACUGGUAGACCACAACACAGGCAAGGGUUUUCUUCAAAUCUGUUAGUGCUUUCUAGCAGUUAGUUUAUCCUUCACUUGAUGGAUUUUUACUCAUUAAAUCCAAUUGAUCGAUGAGUAUCUUUCUCAGGUGAUUAAUGAAGCAGAAACGAAAGAAACCACAAUUUCUUUUUCUAUCA